AUGGCCGCUGCCAAGGGCCGUCUUGUGAUCCGCGCGGCCCUGCAGCAGGCUCUGCUGUGCGUGUGGGUCUUGCUGGCAGCGCUCCUUGCGAGGUCUCAAGCUAGAGUGCUCCGUAGCAGGGCGCAAUUGAAGGGUGCUCGAGUUAGAGCCCGGGAGGAGGCAGCGAAGCCUGCGAACAGUCUCACCUUUACGGGCAGGCAUGGCACUCAGCACAGCAGUUCCCAGGCCAGUGACAGCACCCCUGCGUCGGCCUUCAGGCGCUUGCAUGUCAAUGGGGUCCUGGCUUCCUUUAUGCCCAGGCCGGGGCUUCUGAGAAAGACCCCGAAUCCCAAGAGACAGCAAAAGGAACCCAAAUUCCCCUUCAGGGUGACAUGCACCCACCGCAACCCCAUCACCAGCUCCUACAGCUCCACCACAGGGCCCUGGAGGCUCACAGCAAUCAAAGCCCGAGCUCCUGUCCGGGGGUCAAAAGGCAGGACCCCUGAAGAACCCACUCAGAGGGUCACCCCGGCCUCUAGGGUGCUCCACAGGGACAUCCCACAGGAGAAUCCUGCAGCAGCUCCUGAGGGAAAGCUUGAAUCCCAGAAACCUCCUGCACUGGAGCGAGACCCAUCCAGGCCCCGGCUGCGGAAGACCCCACUGCUGCUGCCCUACAGGAGACACGAGCCGCUCAUCCUGCCCGAGGCCCCAGACCCCGGCUACAGAGUCACCGCCAAUGACGUGGACAAGGAACGCCGUGCUGCGAGCCAGUGGAUCAACAGGGUCUUGAGUGAUGACUAUAUUGACAGCCAGAUGAGGUAUGCGAAUCGAGGAGGCCUCUUCAGGACACGGCUGCUGUGAGCUGGCUGGCAGCAUCUGGCUUUGCUCCGGAUAGCUGCUGCAGCACCCCCAUUUCAUGCCGGCAUAUGCUGGCAUGUUUUGAUGCCUGAAUAAGAUGCUCAUUUAAGUUCUUA